GCAAAGCUUCCUCCUUUCCAACCCUAACAUUCACGAUCUUCUCUUUAUAAAGUGUCCCCUCCAUGGCUGCUCUCAGAACCCUCGACUCUGGAGAUGUUACCGCCGACGAGGGUCUUCGUGGCGCCGGUGCUAUUCAUGUCAUCAUGGGUCCGAUGUUUUCAGGCAAAUCCACCUCUCUCCUCCGCCGAAUCAAGUCAGAGAUCAGUCUCGGAAGAAAUGUUGCGAUGGUGAAAUCGAGUAUAGAUACGAGAUAUGCUAAAGAUUCAGUUGUGACGCACGAUGGAAUUGGUUUCCCUUGCUGGGCUCUUCCUGAUCUUAUGUCGUUUCCCGACAUGUUCGGACAAGAGGCGUAUAACAAGCUUGAUGUGAUUGGUAUUGAUGAGGCUCAGUUCUUUGGAGACCUCUAUGAGUUUUGUUGCAAAGUUGCUGAUGAGGAUGGCAAAACUGUGAUUGUUGCAGGCCUUGAUGGUGAUUACUUAAGAAGAAGAUUUGGUGCUAUUCUUGACAUUAUACCAAUAGCUGACUCUGUGACGAAGCUAACUGCGAGGUGUGAGGUUUGUGGGCAGAAAGGUUUCUUCACUUUGAGAAAGACUUGUGACACCAAAACUGAGCUUAUUGGUGGUGCUGAUGUCUAUAUGCCUGUUUGUCGCAAGCACUAUGUUAAUAAUCAGAUUGUCAUCAAAGCUGCAAAGAAAGUGUUGGACUCUGAUAAGGCAAGAGCUGGAUCCUGUGUGGAGAGGCUUUCUGCUAUGACCUAACUAUAAAUGGCGCUAUGGAGGGCAGUAACAUACUAUAUUAUAGUGAAAAUAUGUUGUGCGCUUUAGUUUUGCUUGUUUGGGUUUAUUUUCCUCAAAAAACACUUGUGAUGUUUCUUGUAUUUAUAUAUGUUUGAAUAUUGAUGAUAUCUCUAUAGCUUC